CGAGCUUGGCCUCCUUCCCCUCCUUGUCCCCUCCGCUCUUUUUUCUCUCUCCCAUAGGCCGUUUAUUUCUUACCCCUUCCUUUGAUAUCCGUCAUGAGGUGCCACACUCUUUUUCUGGCCUUUCUCGCCACCUGCUCGACCUCCUCCGCCCUCAAGAUACCCGUCACAAAAGCCCGGCAACCACAGGAUGUACAACGCAGGAGCUUCAACUCUGUUCUCGCAACCACCUCUGGAAGUAAUAAUGAUACAAGUUCAUCGGACCUCAGCACCAUUAAUGACAUGAUUUAUUUCGUGAACAUCACGCUAGGUGGCACUGACUAUACUGUACAACUCGACACCGGCUCGUCUGACCUCUGGAUCAAGGGGUCGACUACACCUAUCCCUAACUCUGAUCAAUCGUCGACAACAUACAACCUCACUUAUGGAGUUGGCUGGGCAUAUGGUCAUGUCUCUUAUGCUCCUGUCGAGUUUUCCAACGUUUCGGUUUCCAAACAAGCUUUCAUCGACGCCACAUCUGCCCAGAACCCGGCUCUGACCUAUGGAGCCAGUGGUAUCCUGGGCCUCGGCUUCACUAGCCUCUCCACUAUCGAUGCCUUGGUCAAUCAGACUGGCGCAUCAACAGGCCGCAGUCUCCUUUACAACUUGUUUGCCGACAAUCCAUCAGAACCCAACUUCAUCGCUUUCUCCCUCCAACGCUCCACCGACAGUACAGAUGAUGUCGAAGGUUUAUUCCUCGUCGGUGAGAUUGACGAAGACUACGCGGACAUUAGCAGUAGCAACGCUAUCUCUACGUUCCCAGUAAACUCACCUAGUCGAUGGACUGUGCUCUUGGACGCCUAUAUGGUUGGCAGCAAAACCCUUCCAGUUUCUGGCACCGUUGACGGCUCUCCCGCUAAUAGGGCUGUAGUUUUGCUUGACAGCGGGACUUCCUACUCUUACGCUCCCACCGAAGUCUGCGAAGCUAUUUAUGGGGGCAUUUCCGGCGCACAGUUCGACAAUUCUAUAGGUCAAUGGACUGUUCCAUGUGACGCCGAAGUCGAUAUGGCCCUACAGUUUGGCGGCGAGGUCUUUGCCAUCCACCCACUGGAUGUCACGCCCAAGAGCAUCGGGAACCCGGAUCAGUGUGUCGGCUCGUUCGUUCCUCAAGACAUCUCAGACAUUGCUGCCGGUAACUAUGACUGGAUUGUCGGAGACAACGUCCUCCGAUCUAUCUACUCGUUGUACGACUUCGGUGAUUUUGAUUCGUCAGGAGCCAUGGGCGACCCCUACGUCAAGCUCCUCUCCCUCGUAGACCCCAACGAGGCCUCAUCCGAGUUUGCAGCCGCCCGAGGCAGCACCGCUCGUUCUAACAUCACCUACGCCGCCUCCAACUCUACCAUUUCCGCCCGAACCACCGUCUCCCUCUCCGACGACAUCACCGAAACCCUACACCAAGUGAACAUCUACUUCCCUGUCCUCAUCGCCUUCCUAUGUCUCAACGCCCUCGUCAUGAUCCUGCUGCUUGUCAUCGGCGUCAUGUAUUUGUACCGGAAACGGACCAAGUCUUCGAGGACGUCGAGGAAGAACAAGGGCAGAGCAACACCAUUACCUCUGGACGUAGUCAGUCCGAACCAAUAUGACGAACCGGACUCGAAUUCGAUCAGACAUUCCACGCAACAUGUGUAUCAGCCUGUGUCGAUGGCACUGACAGAGGACACAUUCGUACCACCUUCGCCUGCUUUCCAUGGGUAUUCCGACACCCUGAGGCCUGGAGGAAAGAAGAUUAUAGACAGACCAAACUCUGUGGCUUAGGCUUUUUUCACUCCGUGUUGGCUGUCAUAUACGGUGUACAUAGGCGUCGUGUCCUGAUGAUGUGGAUUGAGAGAGACAUACUAUGUGUUCUGGGACUUGAUUUCUUCUUCGGUGGAUUGUUCGUACUUCGGUGUUUGGACGUUGGAUUUGUGGACGGCAGAUAACGGACUGCGGUUUGCACUUGUGUUGUCGGGACUCUUGUUCACUUUCACUCGCUCUCAAAAUUUCCCACUCUUCCACCUUCUUAUUCUGUCCUUAUUGUUCUCAUUAUUCGUCUCUGGCUUCUGCUGUAGUACGUUUUCUUCAACCGGUACCUUCUUAGUCGUGAUAUGUGGAUUCGGAACCUCUCGCUCGUCGUACGCCCCGUAGUACUUGUUGAUACACUCCUCCGAUCUGUCAUUGAGCUCGCAUAUGACACAUACCCCCUGCAUCCC